AUGAGAAGAGCUGCGAGCCCUAUGCCGCUCCUCUCAAACUCCCUAUUCAUCUUUCUCCUGCUGUUUCCAUCUUUUUCUGCCCAGCCAUCGCGGUCGGCUAGGGACGGGGAGGUGAUUGUCACCGAUGAGUCGCCGUCGCCGUUCAAGGUGGGCGUCGUUCUCAACCUGAGAUCUCCGGUUGGGAAAAUGAGCCGCCUCUGUAUGGAGAUUGCCGUCUCCGACUUCUACCUUGCUCAUACGAACUACACCACCAGGCUGGACCUUCGAUUUCGGGAAUCCCAGCGAGAUCCCGUCACCGCAGCCUCUGCUGGUACGCCGUUUCUCCCGAUUUUGGCAGAUCUCAUCCAUACACCUCUUCAGAUUUUAUUGUUGACUUGAAGAAGUUUGAUUUUGAAACAUAGAUGUGGUAGAAAAGAGAAAACCUAGUUUUGAUUCCCCCAAUCUCAUCUGGAGAUUGGGGGCGGGAUUCACGAAAGGAUUUUCGCUAUUUGUAUCUUAUAAGACAUGACAACAUAAAUGACAGAUAGCUCGCUACAAAAACAUCCAGAUAUUUCCGAAAUACUUUCGUCUCUACUUUUCCGGAGUGCUUCCUCAAUACUACUAUAUUCAGAAAGUUGAUUCCAUAGUCUGAUUGAUUAUUCCCCUUCACAAUUAGCGGUAAGACAUUCCACCUCUUUGAUCUAUCCAGUUUCUUCAGAUUCUAUCCUGUUUCUGUAAUUCAUUAUGUCUUGAAUAAAUUCCAUAAAUGCCAAGCUUUGUUCAAGUUUCCUCGCUUGAUUUGAUUCAUGCAGCUGUUGAUCUAAUGAUCAACGAACGAGUUCAGGCGAUCGUCGGGCCACAGACCUCCGAUGAAGCAUCCUUCGUCGUUGACCUCGGAAACAGGAGCAAGGUCCCGGUCAUCUCCUUCUCGGCGACAAGCCCAUCUGUCUCCCCGGUGAAGACCCCGUUCUUCGUCCGCACCGCAGUGAACGACUCCUCCCAGGCAAAAUCCAUAGCCGCCCUCGUCAGAAAGUUCGGCUGGAAACAGGUCGUUCCGAUAUACGAGCAGUCGGAGUACGGGACAGGGAUGAUGCCGUACAUCGUUGAUGCGAUUAAAGCCGUCGGAGCUCGCGCUCCUUACAGUAGCUCCAUCCCGCCGUCAGCGUCCGAUGAUUUCAUCUCGAAGGAGCUCUACAAGCUGAUGAACAUGGAGAGCCGGGUCUUCCUUGUCCACAUGACGACGAGGCUAGCUUUGAGAUUCUUUGCGAAGGCCAACGAGGCAAGAAUGAUGAGCAAGGGGUUCGCGUGGAUUCUGUCCGAAGGGUUGACCAGCCUAUUGGGCACCGUGGAACCAUCGGUCCUUCGUAAGGACCUGUUAGGUGUCGUCGGCCUGAAGCCCCAUGUCGUUAAAUCAAAUAAGCUCCAGGAUUUCAAAAGCAGAUGGCUUAGGGAUUCUCGGAAGGAGAAUCCUCUGUCUGAUAUCUCCGAUCUGACUGUCUAUGGGCUGUGGGCAUACGACACGGUCUGGGCACUGGCCAUGGCGGCUGAGAAAGUCGGUGCGGUUGAUCCAGGCUAUUCUCAGUUAAGGGGACUUAGGGAUCCGCCAGAUCUGACUGCACUCGGGUUCUCCAACACAGGUGAACGACUUCUCGAUGAGAUCCUUCGCACAGAGUUCACCGGCGUCAGCGGUCAUUUCCAGCUCGUCGGGGGUCAACUUAACAGACCAGCCUUCGAGAUAGUCAACGUUGUAGGCGAGGCUGAAAGGACGAUCGGGUUUUGGACGGAGGAUCGCCUGACUCGGGACAUCGAUGGAGACCGCUCAAGCCCUUCCACGGACGAACUUUCCACAGUCAUCUGGCCCGGAGAUACGGUGGUGGUGCCGAAGGGGUGGGUCAAUCCAAUGAUCGGGAAGAAGCUGAAGAUCUUAGUGCCUGGUCCUGUCGAUCCGGGGUUCCAUCCUUUCCUGAGGGCGGACCCCGACCCACAGACAGGGAAGCUGGUCGUCAGCGGGUUCGCCAUCGAAGUGUUCGAAGCCGCUUUGGAGCAGCUGCCGUAUGCCUUUCCAGUUGAGUACUUCCAGCUCCAUCGACCCGACGGGAUGCCCUCACCCAAGUACAAUGACCUCGUCCGCCAGGUGUUCGAGCAGGUCUGCCCUUCAAACCCGAUAAGUUAUUAUUAAUUUUAUCUCAAAUGAUGCGUAUUCGUGAAAUCGUCUGAUUCAAAUAGAGGGAUUUUCUGAUUACCGUAGCUUUACCUGAUAAUUAAGGUCCAGCUACAAAUCAGGAUACAUGGUAUGAUUUACAUGUAAGGAUUAAAUGAACAUGUCAACUAUUUUCUGUAUCAUCGGCAGAAAUUCGAUGGGCUGGUGGGGGACGUGACGAUCACGGCCAACCGGUCGAACUACGCCGAUUUCACGCUCCCCUACGCGACGUCCGCGGUGUCGAUGGUGGUGCCAUUGAGGGACGACCGAAGAAUGAGCGCGUGGAUUUUCAUGAGACCGCUGAGUGGGACGCUUUGGAUAGUCAGUGGGGCCUUCUUCGUCUUCACCGGUUUAGUGGUGUGGAUUCUUGAGCACCGAGUCAACGACGACUUCCGUGGCCCGUUGGGCCACCAGAUUGGCACCGCGUCCUACUUCAUUUUCUCUACGCUUGUCUUUUCACACAGUAAGUAAACUCUCUCUCUCUCUCUCUCUCUCUCUCCCUCCCCCUCUCCCUCUCUCUCCCUAUAUUUUUUGUUAUUAUUAUUAUUGAGGGACUAACGGACGCCGACAAUCUGGUGGAUAUAAAUGUCUAGAACAUGGGCUUCUUUGACCAUUCCUUACCUUCUUUUGUCCAUUUGGUCCACUGGAGAGGGACGGUGUUCCUUCCAUUGGAAGACCCAUUAUCAAGGGUUUCUUGCGAUUAAAAACUCGUUGUUGUUCAUUUGAAGAGCAUAAAACCUAGAAAAUCUAUUGACAACGGACUUUUUUAUUGUUUCUUGAUUGACGCUUGGCUUCAGAGGAGAAGAUGGUUAGCAACCUAUCAAGGGUGGUGGUGAUCAUUUGGGUGUUUGUUGUGCUGGUAUUGCAGUCGAGCUACACCGCCAGCUUGACCUCCAUGCUCACGGUGAAGCACCUAAGGCCGACCACUACAGAGUUCAAGGAACUCAUCCGUCGGGAAGAGUAUGUCGGGUACCUAAGAAAUUCUUUCACCAGAGGAGUGCUCUUGGAGGAGGGCUUUAAAGAGGAGAAGCUGAAGCCCUUUAAGUCACCCGAGGAGUACCGUGAGGCCCUCUCUAAAGGGAGCAGAAACGGAGGCGUCGGCGCCAUCGUCGACGAGAUCCCAUAUCUCAGGUUCUUCCUCAAGGACCACUGCAAUGAUUACACCAUGGCGGGGCCACGCUACAAAGCUGGGGGAUUCGGAUUCGUGAGUCCCCUCACUUGUGUCGCUCUUACAAGAUCACAUUCCCCAUUUGAGUUGAAUGGUUUAAUGCAUCUCAAUGAUUCUUACCUAAUUUCAUAAAACGUCUAGGUCUUCCCCAAGGGAUCUCCCCUGGUACCCGACCUCUCGAGGGCCAUCCUGGAAAUAGCUGAGGGCGACAGGAUGGUGACGAUCGAGAAGAGAUGGUUCGGAGACCUGGAGAGCUGCGUCUUCCAGGAGAGCAGCCUUACAUCCGAUAGCCUCAAUUUUGCCAACUUCUGGGGUCUCUUUCUCAUCACAGGCGUCGCCUCCGGCGCAGCAUUUCUGGCGUUCUCGUCCUCAUUCGUAUAUCAGAAACUGCAAGCUCCGCGAGAAACCGACUCUGGCGAGACCCUCUGGCAGAAAGUGACGGAGUUGACUAAAAGUUACAACGAGAGAGAUUUGAACUCCUACACGUUCAGGAAGCAGGCAAAGGAUGAGAGGAGAUCGAACAAGGGGGAUUCGCUGGGAUCUUCAUGUGGCUGCGGGGGGAGCGCCAGAGACCCAACGGCUUCACCUUUCACCGACAGGUCGGGAUAUGGAAUGGCGUCGCCGUACACCAGUGGCUGUCCGACACCAUUAAGUAACUUCAAUCAAACGGAAGGGGGAACUCCAGUUCCGAAUCUUGCUAGCCCUCCCGAACGCGGGUCCGUCUCUUAUAGAGAGCACAUCGAAGCAACUCGAGAGUAA